AUGACGGUGGCAAACAAAGGGAAGCGCGACACGAUCGGAUCUUUUCCGGACUUUGUCGCAAAUGACGCCUCGCGGGCGUCCUGGCGCGGGCCGUCACGCGCGCGUCAAACUAGUAUAGUGACGUCACGGCCCGCCUGGCGAAAUUACAAAACCGGCCCGGCGGCUGUGCCGGGCGCGCCAGCAUGCGGCGCUGCGGCGCGGCGCAGUGAGGAACGCGCUGCCGCCCGACCCCGACGCGCCACCGGCGUCCACGUACCGUGGGUGGCGUCACGACGCUGCUGUGGCGCAACGCGGCGCGGGCGCGGGGACUCGAGCACACGGCGAGCGGCGCUACGGAGCGCGGGCGCAGGUGCUCUGAGCGCGGCAGCCUCCGCGCGCCGGCGCCGCACCCGCCCGCGCCCCUCGCCGCCCGCGCCGCGCUCUCGCACGCACCAAAACGACGAAUUCAUCUUCCGCGCAUGCUGGCCCUCCUACCCGAGGACGUUGCCCAGGGUGGCACAGCGUCCCUCGCCACCUUUACGAGCGACCUCCCCGAUACGACGGACGGCACUCCAA